AUGAUCCUAGGGAGUGCUGCUACGGAGCUAAAUCAUUUCAUGGAGGGGCUCAAUGCUACCAUCCGUAGGGAUGUUCGUCUGAGUGGAGUGACUACAAUGCGGGAAACAAUUGAGAAGGCACUUAUAGUACAAAAAGAUAGUGAUGAUAUUAUGAAAGAGUCACAAGAUAAGAGAAAUAGGAAAGCCAAUGUGGUAGUAGAUGCUUUAAGUCGUAAAACAAGCACGCAAAAUAAGAUCAUUGCACAACCAAGCUUAGUUCUGGAAUUUGAAAGGCUUAACCUGGUGGUGUUAGAUCCAAAGCAUGAGUGUAUCCUUGCAACCUUGGCAAUUGUACCAGAUUUAAUUAAUAGAAUCCGAUUAGGUCAAGCUCAAGAUCCCCAACUAUCUCUUUGGAGACAAAGGGAUGAGAAGAAAGGCACAUCAUUAUAUACAACUAAGAACGAAUUGGUGUAUCAUAAGGACAGACUAUGUGUACUUUCUGUGGAUUCAUUGAGGCAAGAAUUAUUGGUUGAGGCACAUACAAUUCCCUACUUUGUUCAUCCAGGAAGUACCAAGAUGUUUAAGGACCUGCAAAUGUUAUACUAG